GAUGUCCAGCUUUUCGCCCAACCAACUGCGGCAGUGCGCCCGCUUCACCGGCACCCCGUGCACGCCGGACAAGGAGCAGCAGCUGCGCGAGCAGAUCCACAGCGAGCUGGCCAAGAUCAAGUACUGCGCCAAUCCCACCUACGAAUGCAGCCUGAUGCGAAUCGAGGGCUACGACUACUGCAUCCGGCACAUUCUGCGCGAUCCGCGCUCCAACUACCGCCAGUGCUCGCAUGUGUACUCCAAUGGGAGGAAGUGCAUCAAUGCGGUGGCCAAGUACGACAACAAGAAGGAGCAGAUCCUGACGACCCUCUGCUUCGAGCACAACCGCCAGACGCAGCUGCAAAAGACCCACCUGAAUGUGGGUCGCAUCCGCAGUCGCGUGGAGACGAACGAGACCCUGCUCCACAGCCUCUCGUCGCACAUCAAUGUGGAGGACAUCAAACCUGAAAUUACCAAAAUCGAACCCGAUGAUGAUGAAAUCGAUGUCGUCUCGCCUCAUGUUACGCCAUUUGUCACCCAAGAUCAUCGCAAUUCCAUUGGACACGUUGUGGAGAGCUCUCGCAAGCGGCGUCGCAUCUUGGACUAUGCUUCUGAUAGCUCCAGCAACGAUGAGGAUCCGCCCUGCCUGCGGAACACCGCCCAGGACAUAGAGUUCUACGAGUCCGACUAUGAAAGCAUUGACUCGGAAGAUGAUGAUCCGCUAAAGCACGCUGGCGUCUUUACGCGCGCCGAGGCAGUCAGGAUUGCCGAGACCAAGCUGAUCAAGCUGCAAGGACUCUAUCGCGAGCAAAUUUCACAUCUUCAGUACGUGCUGAAGCAAAGGCGCCGCAAGUAUUUGCAUGACAUUCGCCGGGAGCGAGAGCUCUACUGCAGCAUCCACGAUCAGCUAAAGGAGACGCCGCACGAGCGAAAGCUGUACGAGCAGCUGAAGGCGCUGAAUAGCUACCAUCGUCGCCAGGGCAUGGAAGCGGUGCUGUACAAGAAACUAAAGGAAAAGCGCGCCCGCGACACCUUGUACGCUUCGAAGUCGUCGAACCCCAAGUGCGUCUUCACCGAGGGCGGCGUCAAGUGCGGCGAGCGAACGCUGCCCUGCUGCAAGCACUGUCGCAAGCACAUACUCGAGGAUAAGCGUCAGGUGCUGUUCCGGGCAUGCGGCGUGGAACGGAGUGGGGUGGUCUGCCAGGAGCCGGUGGCUAGCAUUCUCGAAGACUCCAGUUGCGUUCUGCAUCUGACGGUGGCGCCGGCUAAGCGCCAGUAUAUACAAAAGUUUUAUGAAGUUCCAAGCACUCCGCCGCUAGAAAGUAUUUUCGCAGCGGGCCGUGGUCUCGAUAAUUUUGUCGGAGAAGAUCCACGGAUUGAAACGCAUGCGGAGGGUGAUGAUCUCUUGGAUUUUGCCAGUGGUAUAUUCGAGUUUGACCUCGACACAGCCGAAGAUCUGGCUGAAGAUCUGUUUUUGGACAUGGACAGUGGUGAACUGGGCUUUGCAGACGAAGGCGAAGGGGUGGUGUCCAACGAUUCCGUUGAACCACCCGCUGAAGACAAUCAAGACAUUCAAGGCAUCGAACGUGAUUUAGACUUAGAAGAAUCAUCAUCAUCGGUGCAAGACAGUAGCGAACUUAACUUUGAACUCGAUGAGACGGAAAGCAAUGUUAACGAGGUGUUGAGAAUGCUGGAGGGCAUUGAGCAAAUGCCCUGGUUUGAUGCCCUCAUGAACUAGUUCGAUAGUAAAUAGUAAAUGUAAUA